AUGGCCGUCCCUGAACUUCCUCAGGCUUUACUGGCUAAAUUGGCCGGCCAAGUCGUCCAGGAUCCGGGCGUUCCUCCACCGAACCCAACUGUCUCAGCCUGGCAAGAGCCGCCACAUCCUUUCGCUAAGGUCCAGUCAAAAGAGUUGCCUCAGUACACGGAUUUCGCCAUAAUUGGCUCCGGCAUCACCGGCUGCAGCGCUGCAAAGACCAUCCUUGAGUCCGAACUUAACGGUGCCAAGUCCGUCACCAUGUUCGAAGCUCGUUCUUUGACUACCGGCGCAACGAGCCGCAAUGGAGGCUUCCUGUUGAGCCACGUUCCGCAGUUCUACGGACGCUUUGUCGCUGGUUUUGGAGCAGAGGCUGCUAAGCAGAUUGCCUUGUUCUGUGACCUCACAUUGGACGAGAUUGUAAAAGUCGCAAUCGCCGAGGAGCUUGAUCAAGUUAGCGAGAUACGCGACGUCACGACGGUCUCCGCCUUCACAGAUCAAGAAGGCUUUGAAGAAGCCAGUCGAUCUGUUCGCAUGUACGAAGAGGCCGUCCAUGGCUCAGAACAGAAAUAUGCAAUCGUGGACGGCGGAGCCGCAGAAAAGGAGUAUAACUUUAGGCACUGCAAAGGAGCGUUGGUCGUUCAAUCUCGCGUCUUUUGGCCUUACAAGCUUGUCACAAACUUGCUGCAGCGGCUCCUUGAGCGGUACCCCGAGCGAUUCUCCAUCGAAACAAAGACUCCAGUGACUUCCAUCACUGUCUCGCAUGCUUCUGACAGCGCAUACCCCUACACUGUGGUCACCCCUCGCGGGACUGUGAGAGCCGCAAAGAUCUUUCACUGCGUUAACGGGUUCACCGGUCAUCUUCUUCCCAAGCUCAGGGGAGCUCUUUUCCCCUGCCGACUGUCUAUGUCGACACAAAAGCAAGGUCCUCAAUGGGGUAACCGUGCCUACUCUUGGCUGUUUCAUUCGAAGCAGUCUUGGGAUCCUAGCACCACUGUGGUCGAGCAAGGUCUAUACUGGAUGCAGCAAAACGCCAAGACCGGCGAUCUCUUUGUAGGGGGAGAUUUGCAGAGGUUGGAUGACUUUUUGUCUUCAGAUGACUCUGUCAUCAGCGGUGACUCGGCACGCAACCUCACGACCUUGCUCUCGCAGAAGCUGUUCAGUAAAGGAUGGACCAAUCCGAUAACGAACAACACGCUAUCCUCCACGCCUGCGCUUCAUCGGCUUUGGUCUGGGAUUCUAGGCAUGACGGCUGACCAAGUCCCGAUUGUGGGUGAACUGCCUGCGAGUGUAAGCGGCAGAAAACAUGAGGGCGGAGAGUGGGUGGCUGCAGGCUUCAACGGAUAUGGCAUGUGUCAGGCGUGGCUGUGUGGUCAAGCUAUUGCUCGCAUGGCGCUGGGAGAGUCAAAGCCCGAGUGGCUCCCAGACGUCUACCUAAGCACCGAGCAGCGCUUGACAGACGAAGCGCACAUGGGCCCAGAUGCAGCGCUGACGUCCUUCUUCCUCAGAUAG